UGACAUCAGAACUGGGUAUAUUCUUGCUUGCCUUUGCAGUAAUGGCUUCACGUCGUGGUCCUAGAGCUACAGGCACCGAUGGCUCCGAUUUCCGUCACCGUCAGAAAGUGGCGUCCCAAUACUCCCGAAUUGCUCAAUCGAAAUGGAGACUGCGUUUGAUGAUGACACUUCACGUAUCGCUCGUCUCUUGCAUAGUACUACACGUCGUAAUGGUUCAGAAUCUGAGAGAAAUUGAGAUCUGGGAGUGGACGUGGUUAGUCAGCUGUGUUGCCUGCAUUCUUGGCUAUAGAGCUCUGAAAAAGAACAACGUGGUGAUGAUGAAAGGAUUUAUGGUCGGAGUCCUUCUCUUUGGCGCUAUUUCCGUGUCUGUGGGAUUGUUCGAGAUGGCGGUCAUACGGCCAGUACAGAUGGUGCAAUUGUUUCUCCUCAUGUUUGGUAUGUCAGCUGGUUUCAUUCAUGUUCUUGAAAUGAUGACUGGGAAAAUUUUGUUGGAUGCAUGGAGCUCAAAAGGAGACAAGUCCUCAUGACCAAGGUCGCUCUUACAAUUAGAAAAGAAAUUGUACACUUGGAUAUACCAAUUUUGAAACUUGCAAUAUUCAAUUAAUGACAAACAACAUGGUGUGAUGUCUAGUUCAGUUUUGGUGUUGAUCAUUUUAAUUUAUCAGUGGGUGAAAUAGAUAGAACAAACUUUA